AAAAGCAUCAUAUGACCCCUUUAAAGAACGACACAUUUUUUGAACCAGUUGUAGUCACAAAACCAACUAAUUGUCUAUUAUAAUAAUCAGCAGGGUUUUUUUUGUUUGCUCACUAUGCAUCACUUCUUAGACAGUAAGUGAAGGAAUGCAUACAGUAACUCCUCUUUUCAAAGUUCGUUAUGAGACAGGGAAACUUAAACAUGGACUACAUUUCCCACAAUACAAUGCAUGGACACAGCCAUUCCUCUGGACUUCGCAAUGUUCCCAGUGCGUCUGGGGUUUUGUAGUUUAACCCUUGAUGACUGGCACCAUAUUGACAUCGCAACGUCUAUGAGGCAGACAAUUUUCCGCAGAGGGAAGACAUGAAAAUAGAGGCCAGGAAACGCAGCAGCGGAGAACUGAGUGACUCGCUCUCCCCCGACCCCAACUGCCUUCUGGGUAAGAGGAUCCAGCACAGCUGGAGGGAGAAGGGCGCGCUUACUAAGUGGAAAGGCACCGUGCUGGACCGGCUCAGCGUCAACCCAUCGCUCUUCAUGGUCAAAUACGAUGGCUUCGACUGUGUCUACGGCAUCGAGCUGUUCAAAGAUGAGCGCGUGUCCAACCUGCAGGUGCUCACUGAGAAGAUUGUGAACAACAAGAUUAAAGUACCUCAUGACCCAGAGGAGCUGGUGGGGAAAGCGGUGGAGCAUCUGUUUGAGAAAGAGGAUGGAGAAAAGAACGAGUGGAGAGGGAUGGUGCUGUCUCGCGCCCCCAUCAUGACUAACUGGUAUUACAUCACUUACGAGAAGGACCCAGUGCUGUACAUGUACCAGCUUUGGGACGACUACAAGGAAGGAGACCUCCGCAUUUUACCUGAAGCAGAGAACAAGCACCUGCUGCCUGCUGACAGGAAGCCUGGCGAGGAGACAGAGAGCCUUGUGGGUAAGCAGGUUGAAUACGUUACUGACAAAGGAGUGAAGAGAACCGGGCUGGUCAUCUACCAAGUCCCCGCCAAGCCCUCUGUCUACUACAUCAAAUAUGACGACGAUUUCCACAUUCACGUCUAUGACCUGGUCAAGACCACCUAAACUAACAAGAAAGCGGCAUACGAAGACAAAACUCACCAUCACCUCUCCAUAGAGUAAUGUCGUCAGCUCUCAUUGUACUCUCUCUCUCUCUCUCUCUCUCUCUCUCUCCCCACUGUGUGUUGCUUUGGAGGGGUGGAAUGGCACAGAUGUUUGUGGUUUUAUUCAUUCGCGUGUGUCAUAUUCGUGGACGUCACAUCAUCGACGCAGGAUUAGAGAACAAAGCUGAAAGCCUCAAUUAGGGAUAUAAUUUUUUUUUGCGCUGAGCAUGUUAACUGAGUGAUAAUUGACUUCUAGUGGGUGUGGUGGUGAAAAGGCAGUCAGUUACAACAUUCCUGAUUGGGGCUUUAACAGUUUAAAAUGGGGAAGCAGGUGUAUCUAGAGAUACACAGUCUAUUUAUUGACAUUUAAUUAUGUUACUACAUUUUCGUGAUAGUCAUGGGCCAUUUAAAGACAUUUUUUUGACAAGGUAAGACCGGAUAGUGAUGGAGAAUAUUUACAGAAUUAAUCUUUUGUAAAAAAAAAAAAAAAAAAAAUUAAGGCAACUAUUUAUUUUUGCUUCCUGAUAUUCUUGCAAAAGUUUUCCGUUCAUUAACUACUGUGAGUGUAGCUUUUUUUUCAAUCGAAUCAAAUUUUGUUAUCUUCCCCUAAAAAUGAGCCUGAAUCCAAGAUGGCUGCACUUCCCGUAAAAGCUUUUCAGAGCAAAAAACCGACCAUCUGGGCACGUCGUUUGGAGAAAUAGUUAAAAGAUGAAGACUGAAAUCCAGUAUCAGUGUGAUCAUAAGAAUUCAGUAGAUGGAAUUUAAGUUUCAGUUAAAGAUUGUAAAAGUUUUUAGUAAGGAUACAGUCUGUCAUUUCCCAGGUGAAAUAAUUCAUGACUUUUUGUAUUUUUUUAUUUUUUUUUUGUGAUGUAUAAAAGUUUCAGCACACGAAAUUGUCCAGAACUGCAGAAUAUGUCAUUACGUUAUUUGAAUAUGUAUGUGUGUAUACACUCACAUACACACACACACACACAUAUAUAUAUAUAUAUAUAUAUAUAUAUAUAUAUAUAUAUAUAUAUAUAUAUAUAUAUAUAUACACAUGUACGUACGUGUGUGUGUAAAUAAAACACGAUGACAUAUUCUGCAAGAUUUUCUGUGUUCUCCAGUUUUGUAUGCUGAUAUAUAUAUAAUUUACUUAUUGGCAUUCAUAUAUAUAUAUACACACACACACACACUCGUAUAUAAAUGCCAAAAAGUAAAUAAAUAGGCUCUGUCUAUUAGGCUCUUCUUGUCCAAUAGACAGGAAUUAAUGUUGUUGUUUUUUUUAAUAGCUCUACAUUACUAAAAAUGGAGGUUUUAUUAAAAUGUGUUGAUUAAUUCAUCCAUACUGCGUAACCAUAUAAUAUUUAGAAUGUAAACUUCAUUUUCUCUGUAUUCAGGUACGAUCAUCAUGGAGUUGUCUUCCUAAGUGACAUUUGAUGUUUCAUUUAAAUCUUUCCAGCAGGCUGGAUCUUCAGGAGAAAAAAAAAAUCAGACUGAAAAAUAGUGUUGAAAUUAAAAUGGAUUUCCUUGUAUUUCUAGAAUUGACAGGGUGUAUCAGGGGACGACUGUAAUGAGUUAAUCUCUAAUAGUUGUCUUGUUGAGUUGAAUGGCAUUGUUUUGUACUAUUUCGACACAGUUGAUCUGAAUAAUAACGCACUGGAAUCGAAAUGUGAUUAAGAGAAAAGCUCAUUUCAGUCACAGAGGCUGAGUAAGUACUUCUGUACACAUCAGCACUGACCGGUAGUAUUUUGUGUGGGUCAUUCGGAAUAUUGGACUUAACAAGGAAGUGACAUUAAAGUCGUAUCUCACUAAUGAAUUAAUCAAACCAGCAUCACAUAUGAUAAAUCUUGGUCUAUAGAAACCUUCAGACCUCCAAGGCUUUUUUCCCAUUAAAAAAUAGCGUCCCCUAGCAAGAUAAAGCCAGUAAUGCGAUGUGAUGUGAUGUGAUCACUUGGAUGUAAUCCAGUUUUUUUUUGUGUGUGUUUGUGUGUGUGUAAAUGACAUAGCACAUUAAAAUAGUCUUGUUUAUGGCAGCAGAUCAGUGUUUGCUGUUAGCACUUGUGUUUAUUGUAGUCAACUUAUUUAUAAAAGGAUACAAAUAAUGCUUAAAACAUCAUGUCCUGGCUGUAUAAUAGUGUAUACAGUAUCGUGAAUUUUACUCAUGCAAAUUCUAUUAUUUUAGUAGAAAAAUGGCAACUAUAGGAUUUCUGUAGUUAAUGCUUGGCAGAUCCAUAAAUGAAACCAUGUCUUUUUGUUUGUGGCAUUGAUUAUUUAAAAUCCACACAAAAUUCCUACCGUUCAGUAAACAUAAGGAUAACUAAAAUAAUUUAUUGAAAAAAAUAUAUAUAAAUCACUCAGUUAAUUAAUCAGUGGUGCAUUAUUGAAGAUAUUUACCCAGUCUGCUUAUUCAUUCUCUUCCUCCUCCCUCCAUGAUAAAUGUACAGCUAUUAGCAACACAUAUAAUCAACACAUUUGUUUAGUUACUGCAUGUAAUUCAGAGACGGACACAUUAAGAAUUAGAUCACUCACAAUCUUCUCUGCAAAAUGGUUUUAAAAGGUGUAAUCUUAUAUGUACUUAAAUGUAUUUUUUGUAAAUAAUGCAUAUAUGCUUGAAAUCGUUAUUUGUUGCAUUUUUCUUUUUUCUUUUCUUUUUUUUUUUUUUGCUCAUAGCAAUCGCACUUUAUUUUAGCUUUAGUGUGCCUCAGUGAAAGAGGAAUUGACCUAAUAAUUCAGGCAGAAUCAUUUUAUCUUUAAAGAGCAACUCCAGCAGGCUUUUAAUUCAAACACCUUAAUCACUGGGGAGGAAGGGUUGACCAUUGAAAGACACAUCGUUCUAGUCUCUUCUUGAUGGGUAUAAGACAGCCUGCGUUGUGUCGCCUCGCUCUCGUCUUUCUUUCAGACAUUAAAAGCGUACCAAACUUUCAUAAAUGUUCGUUUUAACGUUAAACAUUAAGCUACACACUAAGCUCAUUUUGCCAGGCUAAUACACUUUAUUUGAUCAUAUACAGUGGUAAUAAAUGUUCAUAAUAAUCUGAAUUACGAAAUCAGAUAUGAAAUAAUCUUAUUACGUAUAGUGAGAAAGCACAGAAAGGAAGCUGAAUGCUUUAAUGAAUGAAACAAGUUGCAGGUAGCAUGAAUUGAAACACAUGAUCUGGACAAUAAAUAUUUAUACUAUAGCUCCUAUACUGGAAGAAAUUACAUGAAGGACUUUGGUUGAUAAUGUAUAUGUUUGAAGAAGUUCCACUUGAGACUAGUUGAAGCAUCCUACUUCUGGAUUGAUUUAGUGCUUGGACCCCUAAAAGACAGCAUUAAGGAGUUUGGACACCAUGACUGACAAAAACAUUUAAGACGAAUAAAUCAGUUGCCUUGUAGGCCUGCCCCUGCCUGAAAUAGUCAAUAAAAAAAAGAUUAAGGUUUAGUUAUUUAAAUGAAAUUAGCUGGAGUUGCUCUUUAAACUGAGUAAAACCACAGUGAAGGGGUAGCGGAUAUGCUGAUGGCAAUCACCAAAGGAAAAUUUGAUACUUGUUUUGAGCUACACUUCACAAUGUAGCUGUCAUAGUAUCAUGUUAAACUAAGUAAAGAUUAAAUUGUUAAAUGUAACACACCUUAAAUUUGAUUUUAAUAAUAAUAAUUAAAAAGACACAAAACAAAAAAGACCUUGCUAUCAAAUAUAUCUUUUCUGAAACGGAUUGAUUUUUUUUAAAAAUUGCACUUAUAAGCACAGUAUGCCUUUAUGUAAGUUUGGUUGCUUUUGCAUAAAUGCAUCUCUCUCUUAGUACUUGGGAUUAAAACUUGUAGUCAGAUUUCUCCCCUUGUAGCAUUUGUUCCUGAUGAAAAUGUAUAUGUUCAAUUGCAGACCAAAUGACUAUUUAGUCCGUACAAGAUUUUGCGUGUUUUUUUUUUAAAUAAAAAAACAAAAAACAUUUUUUGUGAUUUUUUGCGGCCAAAAUUGUUUGCGAUUUUGCUGUGGCUUUAAAAUUUUUUGUGCUUUUUUUUUUCUUCUUCUUUUUUGGAUAAAACUACUUGAAUUGGCGAAAUUGCAAUUGCACAAAAUUGUUUUGCACACUCUUUCACAGUGAUGUUUGUUUGUAAAUGAGACCUUUUUAGCUGUACACAUGUUCCACGCACGUGAAUCGAAGAGGGCUUUGGCUGAAUACGCGCUGCGAUAAUGUCACAUGACGCGUCGUGGCUCAAAUCUGUGGUAAAGCUCCUCUGAAUAUUGCAGUGUCCUUGAAUUUGCGUUCAGUUCUGGUGAUCCUGGUGAGAAUGAUUAUUUAAUCAAUAGUGCUUUGAGGAAGGGAUUUAAAAGAUCACAGAGGGGUGAAGUUCUGGUGGACAUCUUACUUGAGAUUAAUGCUCAGAACUUCUUAAUGAACAUGUGAGAGAGUAUCAGGCAUGGUUUUUCUCUCCAACCCGUGAUAUUAGAUAGCUAAGUUUCAUUAAGCAUGCAUUUUAAAAGAUGGCCAGAUCUGUUUAUCGGUAAAGAAAAAUCCUGUCGUAUAAAAUAUGACCCUGGUGUACAACUUAUUUGCUGUAUUAUGUCACUGAGAUGAAGUUUGACCCAGCUGUACAGUUUUAUCUUCUUGUCGAUGUAAAUAAAGCUUCUCAGAUGUUUCCUUAUGCUUUAUAGUAUUCACAAUUACAUUUGGGUGGAAAUAUCUUGUGUAUUCACCUGUACUCAUUUUAAAACGCUUGUACUAUACUUUAUUUCUGAUCCGUAUCAGUUUUGCUUGAACAGAAGGGGAAAUACUUGUCGAUGUCAAUCCUUAAAAUAUUUGAUUUAAGCAGAUUAACGACAUAUACGCACUGUGCAUUUUCAGUUUCUUUUCAUUCUCGCUAAUUGUGAAUAAGUAAAUAUCUUCUGUAAAUGUGAUUUAUCGUACGCUUGGCAAGCUUCCAGUAAUCCCUAGCACCCCAGUUCCUUCUUUGAUAUGUGCUCCUGUUAGUUUUCUGCUUUUCGCCAAAGUUAUCUUUUUUUUUUCUUAGGCAACAUUCAGAAGUGUCAAAGCUGUUCCUGUUGUCUGUGUAAUGAUGCUAUAAUAAAAUAAAUAAAUAAAUAAAAGAGAUAUUUUUUUGCACUGAU